AGUGCGCUGAAUUUUGCAACUGAAUUGGCGGAUGCCCCGAGGACCCCCGAGGUACUUCUUUAGCUUUCAUUGCGCGUUGAGAGAUCGAUCGAUCGUUGUUGGAGCGAGUCGGUGGGCCGCACGUGAAGGAGUUUGCACAAAAUCGUUUAGGUAACAUUGUGGUUGGAUUGAGUUGAGUCCUCCUUUCCUUGUGAUCGCACGGAGGAGUGAGAGCUUUUGUGAAUGAGCCGUUUUGUGCAAGCUUUGUGUUCCGGCUUAGCCACUCGCAUUUUACGACACGACGUCACGCCGAGGGUUCCUGCGUGCAUUUUUUGUGCACUAUAUUUGUAUCGUUCACCAUCAAGUAUCUCAGACCAAGCGCCGGUGUAUUAUUUAGUAUUGGUGAUCAAGAUUCUUGGAGUCGCGGAUAAGCAUAUCACACUCACAGCACUCUAGCUAAGGGAAAUGCGAACGCAAAGAGCUCAUAAUCAUCCAAUCUUUACAAGGAAAAUAUUGGGACACAUUACACACUUGCUCCUUAGGAACCAAGCUGCCUAGACUGGGAGGAAUGGCCGACAGCGGCAGCGACAAACCAAGAUCACCUGAGAACGACCAGCACCCAGACAAUGAAUCCGGAGGAGUGCAACUCCAGGAUCACGAUACUAUUGUCAUAGAGCAGGAGCCAUUAAUACCAAUAGCAAGUGUAGUUCGAAUCAUGAAGAAAAUAUUGCCACACAACACUAAAAUAUCAAAGGAAGCCAAGGAGACAAUGCAACUGUGUACAUCCGAAUUCGUGAGUUUCAUCACUGAUGAGGCGUUUGAUAAAUGUCAGAGAGAGAAAAGGAGGACAAUCACUGGAGACGACGUGCUGUGGGCCUUUCGUAGUCUCAAUUUUGAUGACUACGCUGAGCUCCUUGAGAUUUACCUGCAGAAGUACCGGCAGUUCUUAGAGGUUAAAUUCGGAAUUCAGUCCGUAGGAAUGGAAAGCAAUCUUAGCAAUGAAGAAGGACUUAGAUUUGCAGGCCUAUCAGAUGGAAUGAGCGGCGACAUGAAUCAGGAAGGGGUUACUGUGCCAGCGGAGCUGAUGCUGCACUCGUAUGGGAAUGAGCCUUCUCCGGAGAUGAUGUAUUACUUGCAUCACAUGAGGCCGCCAUACUAAAUGCCGAUUCCCUCUGGCGGUAGUCACUUUUGUGGGUUGUCGAAAGGAGGGCCAGUGGUGGACGUGUUGGGAAUAGGAUACCGGGGUUGCAGAUAGCCGAGUCUAGAAGGAGACGGUCAGGCUGUAGAACUAGGGGGUGUUGAGGGGCCGAGAAAAGGACUGCUCGAUGGGGUGUAGCGCAGCAUGAGGACCAAUUGGUGCAGUUGCGAUGUCGUGACCGAGCAGUCAAGUAUACUUUGGCGCGUGUAUAGUGAUUGUAAAGAAAGCGGUAACGCGACGGAAGCUGGUGCGAGCUUAUACGCGAAGGAGCAGCAGUUGUAUGAUCUAAGGCUGCACUGGCAAGUCAUCGUCGGAUCUGAACGAAGGUGCCUGUGGACGUGUGCUGGGUCCUUCGUGUUGUGACAAAAAUUAAAUCUUCUUCGAUUGUUCAUCCUUUUCUUAAUUUUGUGUGAAAACGCUCUUUACGAUACAGGGAUAGAAGAUUAAAAAGGGCAGAGAUAGGGAUUAUUUUAUACCGAGUUUUUUGGGCUCAUUUUAGGCCAGAUGUACUUCGAGGGUGUGAGGGGGGUUGAAGAAUGUUGUCAUCUGUUGUUACUUUUUCAGCAGACUUUACAUCUUCCUAGUUUUAAAAUAUGGGGCAAGGUCGCAUGCACUGAGAGGACAGUGCGAUAAUUGAAUUUAGUACAGCAUGAAACUGAACCGAACUCUAUAUUUGAACUAGAUAUUCUACCUGUGUUGUUUGUCUAAAAUAGGUACGAAGAGCAUAUGUGGUUUUGAUUUUGGUUUUGACUAAAGACUUUUUAGAUUUGUUACCAUAGCCACUUCUGUAUUACUAUGUGCUUCAGUAAUUAUACUAAAAUAAUCAUCUGUAAUUAUAACAAUAUUUUUAAAUGAUUUAUUU